AUGGCAGUAGUAGGUAUUAAUGGAUUUGGAAGAAUAGGUAGAAUGUGUUUGCGAGUUUGCAUUGAACAGGAUAUUACGGUUAAGUUAAUUAAUGAUCCAUAUAUUACGACCGACUAUAUGAUAUACCUAUUUAAGUAUGAUUCAACUCAUGGAACGUAUCCCUUGAAAUUGGAAUGCGAAAAUGGACAUAUCAUUAUCGGAGAUAAUAAAAUAUCUACGUCUCAGGAAAAGAAUCCAUGUAAAAUAAAUUGGAAAGAAGCAGGUGUAACUUAUGUGAUUGAGGCUACCGGGGUUUUUACUACUCUAGAAAAAGCAGGCUUACAUAUGGAUGGCGGAACCAAGAGAGUGAUUAUUACCGCACCUUCUAUCGACGCACCAAUGAUGGUGUACGGUGUAAAUCACACUUGUUACGACCCAAAAAAGGGUAAAAUAAUAUCGGCUGCUUCUUGUACGACAAACUGUGCAGCACCGAUCAUUCGAGUGAUGCAUAAGAACUUCGAAGUUAUCGAAGUGAUGAUCAGCAGUGUGCAUGCUGUAACGUCGAUGCAAAGAGUUUUAGAUGGACCCAUUGAGAAAGGAAAACUGUGGAGAGACGGUAGGGGUGCUCUCCAAAAUAUCAUUCCAACGUCUUCAGGCGCAGCCAAGUCGUUAGACAAAAUUAUCCCGGAACUUAAAGGCAAAAUUUCCGCAAUAGCAUUUAGAGUACCAAUCCCGAAUGUUUCUUUAUGCGAUAUGACUUUUAGAGUCAAUAAGCCAACAACAUAUGAAGAAAUGAAGGAAGCAAUGAAAUCAGCGUCAGAGAACGAUCUAAAUGGCAUAUUGGGUUAUACAGACGAUGAUUGUGUAUCGUCUGAUUUCAAUAAUUCGAGUUAUUCGUGCAUUUUCGACGCGAAAGCCGGCAUACCCCAGACAAGUACAUUUAUCAAAGUUGUUGCCUGGUACGACAAUGAAUAUGGUUAUGCACAUCGUGUAAUAGAUCUAAUACGAUAUAUGAACCAAGUUGAUUCUGGUAAUGUGGCGGUGCCUUCUCAGGAUUCGGAAGAAAACGGAGAAUGA